AUGGAAACAGCCCUCGCGAGACGACAAGCUUCCACAACCGCAUCAUCACUCGAACUCGACAACCGAUUUUCUGAAAAGGUCUUAGGAGAUGGCCAUCUCGAAAAUGGCAUACAACCAGCAGCCGAGCAAACCGUGCUGUACCUCGCAUACGGCUCGAACAUGGCCUCGAAGACGUUCCUGGGUAACCGGGGGAUCAAGCCUAUCUCGCUAAUUAAUGUUUACGUCCCUGAGUUAAGACUCGCCUUCGACCUCGCCGGUGUACCGUACUCAGAACCUUGUUUUGCGUCGACUCGGUAUCGCCAUGGUCCUGGCAAGGAAAUGAAAGACGUCGAUUCGGAAAAAGCGCCGCUCUGGGGCCAGGGCUACGAUGACGAGAGAAACGCCUGGCAUAGACCGCUUAUCGGAGUCGUAUACGAAAUCACACUUGAAGACUACGCGUGGAUAAUCGCAACAGAGGCAGGAGGACGUGGAUAUAACGACGGGAUUGUGACUUGCUAUCCGUUCCCCGAGUCCUAUGAUCCCGCAGAUGAAGUCCCGGAGCAUCCGUCCACACAACCGUUCAAAGCACAUUGUCUAAUGUCCUUGAUUGCGGACGAGGAUGAUUACGCUGGACACGGGGACAGCGGUUUACCGCGCAAUCCCAGAAUCCGACCAGACCCGUCCUACGGCCAACCGUCCAAGCGCUAUGUUGACAUUCUCAACGCCGGCGCGGUGGAGAAUAACCUCCCCUUCUCAUAUCGCGCGUAUCUCUCGCAGAUCCCUUCGUACCAUGUCACCACGAGACGGCAGCGUAUUGGAAAGUCUAUUUUUCUUUCUAUUUGGGGUCCUUUGUUUGCAUUUGUCACGUAUCUUACGAUAAAGUAUGCUAGGCCUGAUGGGUAUAGUCCGGGGUGGUUGACUGUCAUCUCGACUAUUGUGCAUGGUUGUAUGUGGGCAUGUUACGAUCUUAUUUUUGCGAAUGUCUUUGGGGAUGGUGAGAGGACAAUUGGGGAUUAG